CUGCGUGCGCCGCUGGGGAGGGCGCUGCUUCCCGCGAGCGGAGGGGCUCCGGGCAGGGGUCUCACUGUGGGCAUUUCUGCAGGAAGCAGCAAACAGAGCCCGGCCUGGGUCUCCAGACCACCACGGAGAGGGCUGCCCUGAUGGACAUACGCACAGCUUUCCAGGCAUUGAAAGGAAGCCACUGGGCUUCCUGCUGUGCAGCUUCAGCAGCUGAGCACGGGGCUCAGAGCGCAGGGCUGAUGCCUCGGCAGGUAGCCCUGAAAGAAGGGGGCCAUGGAGAGGCCACGCCAGGACUGUUACAGGGUCCUUCCCGGACACUGGGGCUUCCAGACCCUUGUGGGAAUAAGGAAGCUGCAGAGAGGCCCAGAGGUUCCCCUUGGGUACCGGCUGUUCAUGAGGACAGAGUGUCCAGGUCAGAGGUCACCCUGAACACAACAUCUGCAGUCGAUGGGAGAGGCCCCUGGAAAGGGCAGCCUUACCGAUGCAGCACCUGCGACAGGAGCUUCAAAUGCUAUUCAGACGUGGUGAAGCACCAGAGCAUUCACUCUGGGGAGAAGCCCUAUGAGUGCAGCGACUGUGGGAAAGCCUUCAUCCACAGCUCCCAUGUCGUCAGGCACCAGCGCAUUCACAACGGGGAGAAGCCGUACGUCUGUAAGGAGUGUGGGAAAGCCUUCAGCCAGAGCUUCAACCUCAUCAGACACCAGAGGAUCCACACAGGAGAGAAGCCGUAUGAAUGUGCUGAGUGUGGCAAGUCCUUCAGUCAGAGGUCAGACGCCGUGAAGCACCAGAGGAUCCACACGGGGGAGCGGCUCUACGAGUGCAGCGAGUGCGGGAAGACCUUCAUCCACAGCUCGAACGUCGUCCGGCACCAGCGGAUUCACCACAGAGAGAACCCCUACGAGUGCAAAGAGUGUGGGAAAGCCUUCAGCCAGAGCUCCAACCUCAUUCAGCACCAGCGAGUCCACACAGGGGAGAAGCCCUAUGCCUGCCAGGAGUGCGGGCGCGCCUUCAGCCGCAGCUCCUUCCUCAGCGAGCACCGGCGCAUCCACACUGGGGAGAAGCCCUACGAAUGCGGCGAGUGUGGCCGCUCCUUCAGGGCCCUGUCAGGCUUCUUCCGGCACCAGAGGAUCCACACCGGGGAGAAGCCCUUCCGCUGUGCGCAGUGUGGCAGGGCCUUCCGCCUGAGCUUUCACCUUAUCCAGCACCAGCGAGUUCAUGGCACAGAGUGAACCUGUUGUGGGGUGAACAUAGAGUAAAAGUUGAGUAAACAAGGCUGGAGGGUGGGUAGCACGCCCUUCAGUUUUUGCCAGCCCCCCGAGGCUUGUGCACUGUGCUCCACGGCCCACAGGAAGAUAACACUGUCUCAUGGUCUGUGAGCUGGCCGUGCAGGCCUGAAGUCUACCACCGCCUCCGGGAGCAGCAGAAAGGAAAGGGGCUGGGGAAGGAGACUUGAUGCUGACAUGUGCCUCUGAAGCUGCUAUACUUCAUUUUCACAGCACUGGGGUUUCCUGGAGCAUAGUUUACAUGUGGUGUAAUGCCCAGCCCUUAAGUGUUUGGUUAUAUAACAAAUAUAACCUGUUCUGACCUUUAUGACUACCACACUAUCAAGAUGCUGACUAUUUCCAUCAAUCCAGAAAGAUUCCUCAGGCCCUUCAUCCUUAGAAACAACCAACAAUGUUGUUUUUGUCCCUAUAAUUCUGCUUGUUCUGAAAUGUUAUAUAAAUAGUGAUAUAAUUUAUAAUUUUAUGUAUUUUUCCCUGUGCUUAAGUUUUGAGGUUUAUCCAUGUAUCAGAA